GCCCCGGGGAGGCAGCAGGUCAGGGGAGGGGCCGAGCUGUCCUCCGGUGCUGUACGUACCCGGGGCCCAGAGGAGCCCUGGUCCAGCCUCGCGUCACUGCUGCCUGCCACCGCCCAGGCCGCUGUUCCACGGCCAGGUGCAGAAUGCCGUGUCAUUGGGAGAGUCUGCGGCCGGCGCAUUGAGUUACAGCCCGGAGGAGCAGAAGCCCCGGCUCCUCGCGCGCCCUGGGUGUGAGCCGCUGCGGCGCAGACCCGGGGAGCCGCCCGCGGGAGGCAGCUCCACUGUCUUUCUCAGAGCCGCUGCCGAGCCGGCCCCCUCCGCCUGCCCCCUCCUGCCUCCCGGGCGAGCGCCCCCGAGCUGCGCCCCCGCCCCGAGCUGCGCCUCCCCGUGCCCCGGCGCCCCGGGCCUGCCCCGCGCCAUGCUCAGGGUCUUCAUCCUCUACGCGGAGAACGUCCACACCCCGGACGCCGAUAUCAGCGAUGCCUACUGCUCAGCCGUGUUUGCAGGGGUGAAGAAGAGAACCAAGGUUAUCAAGAACAACGUGAACCCUGUGUGGAACGAGGGUUUUGAGUGGGACCUCAAGGGCAUCCCUUUGGACCAGAGCUCUGAGCUUCACGUGGUGGUGAAAGACCAUGAGACUAUGGGGAGGAACAGGUUCCUGGGGGAAGCCAAGGUCCCACUCCGGGAGGUUCUUGCCACCCCUAGUCUGUCUGCAAGCUUCAGUGCUCCCCUUCUAGACACCAAGAAGCAGCCCACAGGGGCCUCGCUGGUCCUGCAGGUGUCUUACACUCCGCUCCCUGGAGCUGUGCCCUUGUUCCCCCCCUCUGGGCCUCUGGAACCUUCCCCGACUGUGCCGGACUUGGACAUGCUGGCUGGUGGGGGACCGAGCCGGGCCGAGACUUGGUCCCUGCUCAGUGACAGCACCGUGGACACGCGAUACUCCGGAAAGAAGUGGCCGGCCCCCACCGACACAGGAGAGGAGGACACGGAGGACCAGGGGCUCACAGGUGAUGAGGCAGAGCCCUUCCUGGAUCAGAGUGGUGCUCUAGGCCCAGGGGCUCCGGCCACCCCGAGGAAACCGCCUUCCCACCCACCCCCCUAUCACCCUGGGGGCAAAAGGAAGAGAAGCACACCGGCACCCAGGAAGCUGCUGUCAGACAGACCGCAGGACUUCCAGAUCAGAGUCCAGGUGAUUGAGGGGCGCCAGCUGCCUGGCAUGAACAUCAAGCCUGUGGUCAAGGUCACGGCUGCUGGCCAGACCAAGCGGACACGGAUCCAGAAGGGAAACAGCCCACUCUUCAAUGAGACUCUUUUCUUCAACCUGUUUGACUCCCCAGAGGAGCUGUUUGAUGAGCCCAUCUUUAUCACGGUGGUAGACUCACGUUCUCUCAGGACAGACUCUCUCAUUGGGGAGUUCCGGAUGGAUGUAGGCACCGUCUACAGAGAGCCCCGACAUGCCUACCUCAGGAAAUGGUUGCUGCUCUCAGACCCCGAUGACUUCUCUGCUGGAGCCAGAGGCUACCUGAAGGCAAGCCUUUGUGUGCUGGGACCCGGAGACGAGGCUCCUCUGGAGAGGAAAGACCCCUCUGAAGACAAGGAGGACAUUGAAGGCAACCUGCUCAGGCCCACCGGGGUGGCCCUCCGAGGAGCACACUUCUGCCUGAAGGUCUUCAGGGCUGAGGACUUGCCGCAGAUGGAUGAUGCUGUGAUGGACAAUGUGAAGCAGAUCUUCGGCUUUGACAGUAACAAGAAGAACUUGGUGGACCCCUUCAUGGAAGUUAGCUUUGCAGGGAAAAUGCUCUGCAGUAAGAUCCUGGAGAAGACUGCCAACCCUCAGUGGAACCAGAGCAUCACACUGCCUGCCAUGUUUCCUUCCAUGUGUGAGAAAAUGAGGAUUCGUGUCAUGGACUGGGACCGCCUCACCCACAAUGACACUGUGGCCACCACUUACCUGAGCAUGUCAAAAAUCUCUGCCCCUGGGGGAGAAAUAGAAGAGGAGUCUGCAGGUGCGGUCAAGCCUCCUCCCGCCAUGGACCUGGAUGACCACCUGGGCUUCCUCCCCACCUUUGGGCCCUGCUAUGUCAACCUGUAUGGCAGCCCCAGGGAAUUCACUGGCUUCCCGGACCCCUACGCAGAGCUCAACACGGGCAAGGGGGAAGGUGUGGCCUACCGAGGUCGGCUUCUGCUCUCCUUGGAGACCAAGCUGGUGGAGCACAGCGAGCAGAAGGUGGAAGAUCUCCCAGCAGAUGACAUCCUGAGGGUGGAGAAAUACCUGCGGAGACGCAAGUACUCGCUCUUUGCCGCCUUCUACUCGGCCUCCAUGCUGCAGGACGUGGAUGACGCCAUCCAGUUCGAGGUCAGCAUCGGCAACUACGGCAACAAAUUCGAUAACACCUGCCUGCCGCUGGCCUCUACCACUCAGUACAGCCGCGCCAUCUUUGAUGGCUGCCAAUACUACUACCUGCCCUGGGGCAACGUCAAGCCCGUGGUGGUGCUGUCGUCCUACUGGGAGGACAUCAGCCAUAGAGUGGAGACGCAGAACCAGAUGCUCAGGACUGCAGACCGGCUUGAAGCCAGCCUGGAAGAGGUCCACCUGGCCCUGAAGGCACAGUGCUCCUCAGAGGACAUGGCUGCCCUGGUGGCUCAGCUGAUGGAUGAGCUCAUUGCAGACUGCAGCCAGCCCCUAGUCCAUGUCCACGAGACACCAUCCGCUACCCACCUGGAUCAGUACUUGUACCGCUUGCGCACACGCCACCUGAAGCAGAUCACAGAGGCAGCCCUGGCCCUGAAGUUGAGCCCCGGCGAGCUCCCCACCUUCCUGGAACAAGCCGAAGACUGGCUACUGCGUCUCCGUGCCCUGGCUGAAGAGCCCCAGAACAGCCUGCCUGACGUGGUCAUCUGGAUGCUGCAGGGGGACAAGCGUGUGGCCUAUCAGCGGGUACCUGCCCACGAGAUCCUCUUCUCCCGGCGGGGCGCCAGCUAUUGUGGCAGGAACUGUGGGAGGCUGCAGACCAUCUUCCUGAAGUAUCCUAUGGAGGGAGUGCCUGGAGCCCGGAUGCCUGUGCAGAUCCGGGUGAAGCUUUGGUUUGGACUCUCUGUGGAUGAGAAGGAGUUCAACCAGUUUGCAGAGGGCAAGCUCUCAGUCUUUGCAGAAACGUAUGAGAACCAGACCAAGCUGGCCCUCGUCGGGAACUGGGGCACGACAGGCCUCACCUACCCCAAGUUUUCUGACAUCACGGGCAAGAUCAAGCUUCCCAAGGACAGCUUCCGCCCCUCAGCUGGCUGGGCCUGGGCUGGAGACUGGUUUGUGUGUCCGGAGAAGACCCUGCUCCACGACACUGACGCGGGCCACCUGAGCUUUGUGGAGGAGGUGUUUGAGAACCAGACUCGGCUGCCUGGAGGCCAGUGGAUCUACAUGAGUGACAACUAUACAGACGUGAAUGGUGAAAAGGUUCUGCCCAAGGAUGACAUCGAGUGCCCACUGGGCUGGAAGUGGGAAGAUGAAGAGUGGUCCACAGACCUCAAUAGGGCUGUCGAUGAGCACGGCUGGGAAUACAGUAUCACAAUCCCCCCGGACCGGAAGCCCAGGCACUGGGUACCCGCAGAGAAGAUGUACUACACACACCGCCGGCGCCGCUGGGUCCGCCUGCGCAGGAGGGACCCCAGCCAGAUGGAGGCUCUAAAGAGGCAUAGGCAGGCAGAGGCGGAGGGUGAGGGCUGGGAGUACGCCUCACUGUUCGGCUGGAAGUUCCACCUGGAGUACCGAAAGACGGAUGCUUUCCGCCGCCGCCGCUGGCGCCGCCGCAUGGAGCCACUGGAGAAGACUGGGCCUGCUGCUGUGUUUGCCCUCGAGGGGGCCCUGGGCGGCAUGGUGGAUGACAGGAGCGAGGAUUCCAUGUCUGUCUCCACCUUGAGCUUCGGCGUGAACAGACCCACGAUUUCCUGCAUCUUCGACUAUGGAAACCGCUACCAUCUCCGCUGCUACAUGUACCAGGCCCGGGACCUGCCUGCCAUGGAUAAGGACUCUUUCUCUGAUCCCUACGCCAUUGUGUCCUUCCUGCACCAGAGCCAGAAGACGGUGGUGGUGAAGAACACCCUGAACCCCACUUGGGACCAGACCCUUAUCUUCUAUGAGAUCGAGAUCUUUGGUGAGCCAGCCAGCAUCAAGGAGCAGCCACCCAGUGUUGUGGUGGAGCUGUAUGACCACGACACCUACGGUGCAGAUGAGUUUCUGGGACGCUGCAUCUGCCAGCCAGGUCUGGAACGAACACCCCGGCUGGCCUGGUUCCCACUGACCAGGGGUAGCCAGCCGGCGGGUGAGCUGCUGGCCUCAUUUGAGCUCAUCCAGAGGAAAAAGCCGGCCAUCCACCACAUUCCUGGUUUUGAGAUGCAGGGAGCACCAAUGAUCCUGGAAGAGUCAGAGGAGGACACAGACCUGCCCUACCCCCCACCUCAGAGGGAGGCCAAUGUCUACAUGGUGCCUCAGAACAUCAAGCCAGUUCUCCAGCGGACAGCUAUUGAGAUCCUGGCAUGGGGCCUCCGGAACAUGAAGAGUUACCAGCUGGCCAGUGUCUCCUCCCCCAGCCUCGUGGUGGAGUGUGGGGGGCAGACAGUGCAGUCCUGUGUCAUCAAGAACCUCCGCAAGAACCCCAACUUUGACAUAUGCACCCUGUUUAUGGAAGUGAUGCUGCCCCGGGAGGAGCUCUACUGUCCCCCCAUUGUGGUCAAGGUCAUCGAUAAUCGCCAGUUUGGCCGCCGUCCCGUGGUGGGCCAGUGCACCAUCCACUCCCUGGAGAGCUUCCUGUGUGACCCCUACUCAGAAGAAAGCUCAUCUCCACAGGGUGGCCCAGAUGAUGUAAGCUUGCUCAGCCCUGGGGAAGAUGUGCUCAUCGAAAUUGACGACAAGGAGCCCCUCAUCCCUCUCCAGCUUACAGAUGGUCUGUCGGGCUCGGCUCCCACUAACAUGGCAUCUUCUCCAUCCAGUCCUCAUGAGGAGGAGUUCAUUGACUGGUGGAGCAAAUUCUAUGCCUCCAUAGGGGAAAGGGAAAAAUGUGGCUCCUACCUGGAGAAGGACUUUGACACACUAAAGGUCUAUGACACACAACUGGAGAAUGUGGAAGCCUUUGAGGGCCUGUCUGACUUCUGUAACACCUUCAAGCUUUACCGGGGCAAGACUCAGGAGGAGAUGGAAGAUCCGUCUGUCAUUGGGGAAUUCAAGGGCCAGUUCAAAAUUUAUCCCCUCCCUGAAGACCCAGCCAUCCCCUUGCCCCCAAGACAGUUCCACCAGCUGGCUGCACAGGGGCCUCAAGAGUGCCUGGUUCGUAUCUACAUCAUUCAAGCGUUUGGCCUGCAGCCCAAGGACCCUAAUGGAAAGUGUGAUCCCUACAUCAAGAUUUCCAUAGGGAAGAACUCAGUAAGUGACCAGGAUAACUACAUCCCCUCCACUUUGGAGCCUGUGUUUGGAAAGAUGUUCGAGCUGACCUGCACGCUGCCUCUGGAGAAGGACCUGAAGAUCACUCUCUAUGACUAUGACCUCCUCUCCAAGGACGAAAAGAUUGGGGAGACGGUCAUUGACCUGGAGAACAGGCUGCUGUCCAAGUUUGGCGCUCGCUGCGGACUCCCACAGACCUACUGUGUCUCUGGACCCAAUCAGUGGCGAGACCAGCUCCGCCCCUCCCAGCUCCUCCACCUCUUCUGCCAGCAGCACAGAGUCAAGGCUCCUGUUUACCGAACAGACCGAGUGGUGUUUCAGGAGAAGGAAUACACCAUCGAAGAAAUAGAGGCUGGCAAGCUCCCUAACCCACACCUGGGCCCCAUGGAGGAGCGUCUGGCCUUGCACGUCCUCCAGCAGCAAGGUCUGGUCCCUGAGCAUGUGGAGUCCCGGCCCCUCUACAGCCCCCUCCAGCCGGACAUUGAGCAGGGAAAGCUUCAGAUGUGGAUCGAUCUGUUUCCAAAGGCCUUGGGACGACCUGGACCUCCCUUCAACAUUACCCCUCGGAGAGCCAGAAGGUUUUUCCUGCGCUGCAUUAUCUGGAACACCAAAGACGUGAUCCUGGAUGACCUCAGCAUCACGGGGGAGAAAAUGAGUGACAUUUAUGUGAAAGGCUGGAUGGUUGGUUUUGAAGAACACAAGCAAAAAACAGAUGUGCACUACCGGUCCCUGGGAGGUGAAGGCAACUUUAACUGGAGGUUCAUUUUCCCCUUUGACUACCUGCCAGCCGAGCAAGCUUGCACUGUUGCCAAGAAGGAUGCUUUCUGGAGGCUGGACAAGACUGAGAGCAAAAUUCCAGCACGUGUGGUCUUCCAGAUCUGGGACAAUGAUAAGUUCUCCUUUGAUGACUUUUUGGGCUCCUUGCAGCUGGAUCUCAACCACAUGCCCAAGCCAGCCAAGACAGCUGAGAAGUGCUCCUUGGACCAGCUGGAUGACACCUUCCACCCAGAGUGGUUUGUGUCCCUGUUUGAACAGAAAACAGUGAAGGGCUGGUGGCCCUGUGUGUCAGAAGAAGGGGAGAAGCAGAUUCUGGCGGGCAAGCUGGAGAUGACCUUGGAGAUCGUAGCCGAGAGCGAGCAUGAGGAGCGGCCCGCUGGCCAGGGCCGGGAUGAGCCCAACAUGAACCCCAAGCUGGAGGACCCAAGGCGCCCUGACACCUCCUUCCUCUGGUUCACCUCCCCAUACAAAACCAUGAAGUUCAUCCUGUGGCGGCGCUUCCGGUGUGUCAUCAUCCUCUUCAUCAUCCUCUUCAUCCUGCUGCUGUUCCUGGGCAUUUUUGUCUAUGCCUUCCCGAACUAUGCUGCCAUGAAGCUGGUGAAGCCCUUCAGCUGAGGACUCAGUGCAAGGCCAGCUGCCUCCUUUGCCAGCUCAUCAGAUGCUCCGCUUGAUCUCCUGCCUGAGUGGACAGACGGGCAGAUGGACGUGUGCCCAGAUUUGCUAACGUGGAAUUUAGGAGGACCCUGCUUCUGUCAUUUCUCUCUUCCCCAACUCAAGCCUUUUUUGGAUCAGCCUGAAUGUAUUUCAGUAUAAAACACCUGGAACCAUGAAACAGA